UUUCUCCGAUAAUAAUAAUGGAUUCAUAGGAAAACAUGAGGGGGAUGGGGCAGUAUAUUGAAGACAUGGAUGGCCACAUUUAAGAAAAAGAACACGAAUACUCAAAAAUCAAGAGCAUGACUGAAACCUAGUGCACUGCAAUAGUGCAUCUGGUUUGGGUAAGCGCCGGCGCCGCUCUUUGGUUACACUGAUUCUUCCUCAGUUCGUCUCACCUCCUCCCUCCCUGACUCUGUUUCAGAGUUUCUCGCUGAAGACGGUAAUCCAUACAUGGGGUUUCAAAGCAUCAGUCAUGUCCUCAAGAAAAAGAAGAAGAGCAAUGCCAAUAAAAAGUUGAAGAUAGAUGAAGCCUCGGCGGAGGGCACCAGCGGUAAUGGCAAUUCCGGCGGUGGGGUCAUCACAGAUUCGAGAUUCUCUUCUGCGCACUCAGACCCUCGAUUCCAGAGGGUUCCGAAGCACAAGUCGAAGGUCGCGAUUGAUCCUCGAUUCAAUCGCAUGUUCUCCGAUCAGCGCUUCUCUUCCUCGUCAGCUCCUCUUGAUAAGAGAGGCAGGCCUAAGAAAUUCAGCUCCGGAAACCCUCUUCGUCAUUACUACAAACUCCAAGAAGAACAACAACGAGAACACGAAGAACAAGAAAAAGAAGACGAAGAGGAGGAAGGGCAGAACAAAGUAAUUAGCAGUGAUGAAGAUGGAGGGGGAGACAAAGAGAGUAGCAAAUCGCAGUUGGAGUUGAAUAAUGUCAGAGGCGAGUCAUCAGAAUCUGUCUUGAGUGUCGAUUCAGAACCCUCGGCAUCAGAAGGAGAUGCUGAGAGCGGUGGUGAGACUGAUACUGAUUCAGAUGAAGAAUAUGAGGUUGAUGUGGGAGAGGAGUCUUCAGUGCAGGAGGAAAAUAUACCUGAGAUUGAAAAAGAAACCCACAGGCUGGCUGUUGUUAAUAUGGAUUGGAAUCAUGUUAAGGCUGUUGAUCUUUAUGUAUUACUGAGCUCAUUUCUUCCUAAAGAUGGGCAAAUUUUGUCUGUGGCUGUCUAUCCAUCUGAGUUUGGGCUUAAGCAUAUGGAAGAGGAGGAGGUGCAUGGUCCCAUUGUAUUAUUUGACGAUGAGACUCAACAAAAUGACAGCGAUGAUGAAGAUGAGAUUGACGAUGAGAAGCUGCGUGCUUAUGAGAAAAGUAGGCUAAGGUACUAUUAUGCUGUAGUGGAUUGUGACUCAAGUGCUACAGCAGAUUAUCUUUAUAAAGUUUGUGAUGGGCUUGAGUUUGAAAGAUCAUCUAAUGCGUUGGACUUGAGGUUUAUUCCUGAUUCAAUGGAAUUUAAACAUCCUCCUCGUGAUGUUGCCACAGAGGCACCUGCAAGCUAUGAAUGUUUAGACUUCCAUACUGGAGCAAUGCAGCACAGUAAAAUUCAUAUGUCUUGGGAUGAAGAUGAUCCACAACGUAUAAAGACCUUGAAACAAAAUUAUAAUGCCGAUCAGCUGGCUGAAUUGGAGUUUAAGGAGUAUCUGGCUUCUGAUGAGAGUGAAACAGAUGCUGAUGAGAACGACAUUGUCAUGGGAGAUCAAUCUGAUAAAAAACAUAAGAAACGAGACAUGUACCGUGCUUUAAUCAAGUCCAAUGAUAAUUCAGAUGAUGAUGGUGAGAAUGACGGCCAGGAGAUGGAGAUUACUUUCAAUACUGGCUUAGAGGAUAUAAGCAAGCUCAUUCUAGAAAAAAGGGAUAAAAAAUCAGAAACAGUUUGGGAAGCCUAUCUCAGGAAGAGAAGUGAGAAAAAGAAGGCUAGGAAAAAUAUGUCCAAGUAUUCAUCAGAUGAUGAUGAGAGCAGCGAUACUGAUCGAGAAGCAAUGGAGCAGCCUGAUGACUUUUUCGUUGAAGAGCCUGCAGUUAAUGGACGUGAGGAGGUAGCUCAAGGUAAAAGGAAGAGGAAAGAGGAGCAGUCCCAAGAAGCAGAUAAAGAAGCAGAAGCAAGCAGAGCAGAGCUGGAGUUAUUACUUGCUGAUGACAAGGGCACUGAUACUGGUCCGAAGGGAUAUAAUUUGAAACGUAAAAAGAGUCAAGGAAAGAAGGGAAAGGAAGGUCUAGAUGAGGACAAAAUACCAAAUGUUGACUAUGAUGAUCCACGGUUUUCGACACUAUUCACUUCACCUCUAUAUGCCCUGGAUCCCACAGACCCACAGUAUAAAAGGAGUGCGGCUUAUGCCCGAGCACAAAAGCAGCAGAAGGGUAAGCAGGAAGAAUUGGUGGAAAAGGAGCUGAAUAAGCCCCCCACUGAAGAUCGGUUACCACCUGGCACCCAUAAAACCGAAGAAGAGCAUUUGAAAUCAGAUUUUUUAUCGUCCAAGAAAGAGAAGCAUGAAUUGUCUUCCUUGAUUAAAUCAAUUAAGAUGAAGUCCCAGCAAGUUAAGUUGCCAUCAAUUAAGAAAUUGAAGAAAGACGAAAACUUGCAAUCUGAAGGUACAAGGCACAAGGAAGAGACGCAUGAGCUCAAAGCCUUGGUCCAAUCAAUCAAGAGAAAAGCUAGAAAUUUACAAAAGUAAACCAGGGAAAGUACCGAAUCUUUCUUUUCCAUUGGAAAGAAAAUAGUGUGGCAGCAGCAUCUGUGCGACUGGGUCGUGCCAACACUUCUGAGAGAAUUCAUUGCAUAUAUGGCUCUGAAGUUUCAAGAGUUCCCUUUUCAUUUUUCUUCGAUUCCUUUAAUUAGAAUAGGUAAAUUCAAUAUAAGUAGAAACAAGAAAAUUUUAAUGCGAUUAAUUUAAGGCUUUUAGCUUUCCAUGCCAUAGAGUUUUGCAGGGACAUUGGAGAAGUUUUUGUUGUCAUCUUGGUAGAAUGCAUCUUUUGUUUUCCGGGAAACUAAAAGAUUUCCUCUGUUCCAGUAUUACAGCCUAAAUUAUUUC